UUAACUUUUCCCAUAACCAGAUGUCAGUGAUGACACAUUUGUCUGCCUAUUCGUCUUUGAGUAAACUGAAUCUGGACUACAACUGUUUCAGUGAGAUCGGUGGUCUGCUGCAUUGUGCCAGCCUCACACACCUCAGCCUGGCACACAACAAGAUCUCCUGUAUCAGUGGCCUGGACAAGCUGCCAAUCAAAGACCUCUGUCUGAGGGGGAAUCAGAUUGAGAAGAUAGAGAAUGUGGAGACUCUGAGAACCCUGCAGGUCCUGGAUCUGUCUCUGAACCGGAUCACCAGUCUGUCAGGCCUGCAGAAUCUCCAUCUGCUGGGCUCCAUCAACCUGGAGAGUAACCUGAUCAGUGAAAUCAAGGAGGCCACACACAUCCAUGACCUGUGCCUGCUCCGGGAGCUGAAUCUGCAGAGAAACCCAGUCCAGGAGCAACUGGACUAUAGACUGGCAGUGAUCUUCCUCCUUCAACACCUGACUGGCCUGGACCAGGAGAAAGUGACAGUAGAGGAGAAGGCAG